UUAUUCAGGGAACAGAGACACAUGUUUGAGAGAAAAUGAUGGACUUUCUUCGGAUUCGUUUAUUGAGAACUGGCUUGGUUUUCUUUGGAAUCCUUUUAGUUAUUUACAGUUUUUCCAAUGAAAAGGGCGACAGUUCAGCAUCGAAUCAUCCCAAAGGUCCUGUCAUUGUCAGAAACAAGAGAUUCGCCCAAGAAACAAUUCAGCAAGCGGAAAGCAACAAGCCCAAACUCAUUCUCUACUGGAACAAGUAUUUCAACCAUUCUGACAUGGGGUUCGGCGUCGGACAAGAGCCUUUCAUCAAAGCUGGCUGCAAAGUCAAUAACUGCAUCGCAACUAGCGACCGCAGUUUAUUAAAGGAAAGCGACGGAGUCAUCAUUCACGCCGGGGAUUAUUCCGAAAACGAUUUGCCGACUUACCGUUCACCUCAUCAGCGAUUCAUUUUUUUCAACCUGGAAACUCUUCCCGGCCUGCGCCAUCUGCCGUGCUUUUCUCGGCGACACUUUUACAACUGGACAAUGACGUACCGGCGGGAUUCAGACAUUUACGACGCUCGGCCGUACGGCGCUUUGCGGUUCAAAAGGGACUCUGAAAUCAUGAGCCAAGAUGAGCCGAAACCCAAUAACUCUCAAGUUGAUAUCAGCAACAGAAACAAGUUGAUGGUCUGGUUUAAUUCGCAUUGCUCGACUCACAGCCGACGUGAAGAUUACGUCAAGAAAUUGGCCGAGUUCAUGCCAGUCGACAUUUACGGGAAGUGCGGCACUCUUGAAUGUUUGCCGAGGAACACUCCCCGUUGUGACUCGCGGGUACUGAUGAAAUACAAAUUCUAUUUAGCGGCCGAGAACUCCCUCUGCCCGGACUACGUCACAGAGAAAUUUUACAGGGGAUUUCUCAAUGACAUUGUUCCAGUGGUCUACGGCGGUGCCGAUUACAGCCAGUAUGCCCCGCCCCAUUCCUACAUCAACAUAGCCGAUUUCAGAUCGCCCAAAGAAUUGGCCGAUUAUUUAUUGUUGCUGGACAAGAAUGACGCCUUGUACAGGAAAUACUUUGACUGGAAAAAAAAUUUCGAGGUGAUCAAUCGACCCCUGAACGGCUGGUGCGACCUGUGUGAGAAGCUCAACGAUCCGACGCAGAAGAGAAAAAGUUACGAAAAUGUUGCCAAGUGGUGGUACGAUGAUAUUCCUUGUUUGGCGGGCUCCUCUUUCAUUAAUUCGAUUGCGACUAUGUAAACCCGAAUGGAGAAAGUAAUUUUAAAAAUUUGACUUAUUGAUGUU